AUGCCGCAAUAUGCAACGCUUACCGCGCGACAGCUAUGGAACUUCCCAACUCAGACCAGCUCAACUCACUACAUCCAUUGCACCCCUUUCACUCUUCCCGUCAACGGGAUACUGUCCCUUGCGUCCGACUCCGUGAUCACGCUUACCACCAACGCCGUUUUCCAACCUGAAUGCACAGGCCGAACCAACGAAGGUAUCUCAUCUAUUGGCGGCGUGAAGGAUCCCUUCUACGCCUCAACCACUCCGCAGACGUACGUCAUAGCGGCGACGACGGUCAUAGCAUGGAUACUCAUGGUAAUGCUCGUCAUUACGCCGCGGACCAGUUUCAUUGGGAGUACCGGCACAAACAGCGGCUUCGGUGGCGGGCAUGGCAUAAUUGGUGGUGCUAGCGGAGGAGGCUCCAGUCUCAUUGGUGUUGGCUCACGACCAUGGCUGCAGAAAGUGGCGACGUUGACUGUGGCCAUAUCAUUGACCAUAGCGACAGCGGAUACCUUCAGAACGGCACAGCAUCAGUACGAGAAUGGCUUUCUGGAUGCGAGUGCUCUACGCGACGAAGUUCUGGGCUCCCAGGAAGUGCGUGUGACGCGGGCCAUAUCCGACGUCUUUCUCUGGCUUGCGCAGGUGCAGACACUAAUCCGACUGUUUCCACGCCACAAGGAGAAAGUGUUGAUUAAGUGGAUCGGCUUUGCGCUUAUCAUAUUCGAUUCCGUCUUCUCCUGCUUAAACUCAUUUCUGAUCGGCAGUACGAGUCGGCCUGGUCAUUUCGUGGAUGCUAUACCGGCUCUGUCUUACCUCUUCGAGCUUGCACUGAGCUUACUUUACGCAGCAUGGGUGAUUUACUAUGCUUUGACAAAGCGCCGCUAUGCGUUCUAUCAUCCCAGAAUGAAGAGUAUAUGCGUCAUUGCACUGCUUUCACUCAUUGCAGUCCUUACGCCUGUCGUGUUCUUCGUCACUGAUGUCUCGAACCAAGAUGUGGCAGGCUGGGGUGACUAUUUCCGCUGGGUU